AGCAAGCGAGCGAGCUAGAGGCUGUUGGACGGCUGGAGCGGAGCAAUGCCUAAAUCAAAGGAACUUGUUUCUUCGAGCUCUUCAGGCAGUGAUUCUGACAGCGAAGUUGAGAAAAAGAGGAAAAAGCAAGUUGUUCCAGAGAAACCUGUGAAGAAACAAAAGCCUGGUGAGCGUUCUAGAGCGCUGGCGUCCUCCGAGCAGAGUAGCAGCAGCAGAGAUGAUAACAUGUUCCAGAUUGGAAAGAUGAGAUAUGUCAGUGUUCGGGACUUUACAGGAAAAAUUCUAAUUGAUAUUAGAGAAUAUUGGAUGGACUCAGAAGGUGAAAUGAAACCAGGGAGAAAAGGAAUUUCUCUAAACAUGGAACAAUGGAGCCAGCUGAAGGGACAGAUCUCUGACGUAGAUGAUGCAGUAAGAAAGCCAUAA